UGAACUGCGCUGGGUCUGGGGCACCUUCCUUGCGUGGCGGGAGGGAGGAGGUGGUCUGGGCGUCGUAUCUCUGGUUAUCGCGAGGUCAGGGCUUGCCCCAGGCCGACCCCGACCUAACGCGACGGGGCUGCCAGGAUCACAACUGCUCAUCCAGCUCCGGGAUCACUUUCUCUUCCCGGACUGUGGCAGGGCGAUUCCUCUCUUCACUUUUUUUUGAAAGAAGUUUUUAAGACCUGAGGCAUCUGCCACACCUCAGACCCCGACCUGCCAGGCCGGGAGUAGGUGAGGUCCUCCCUCUGGCCGGCCCUGACCGUCUUCCUGGGCCCUGGAGGCUUCAGCCACCACGCAGGAAUCUCCCUGUGAAGUUAGAGCCCGACACCUGCCUGGGUCUCCCCACUGUGAAGGCUUUGCCCCUCCCGCUGCAGCCUGGCACCAUGCAGUCCCCAGAGAGCGGUGUGCAGUACAGCAGGUGGGACGACAGCAGCCGGGAUGAAGUCAGCGUGGCGGCCGUGUCCAGCACAGAGGAGGCCUCGUGUUGCCAGAGGAUCUCCCGGAAGCUGUGCAGGGGCAAGCUGGGGAUCGCCAUGAAGGUGCUGGGCGGAGUGGUCCUCUUCUGGGUCAUCUUCAUCCUGGGCUACGUCACUGGCUACUACGUGCACAAGUGCAAAUAAGGGCACUAGUAGGUGCUCUUGGGGCUGGCUGCAUGCGUGGGGGGGGGGCCUGUAUACAGGGACCCCCUGCAUACACCCUGCCUGUAAUACAGACCCCCAUAGAUGCAGGGCCCCCAUACACACAGACCCCCAUACACACCGACCCCAUCGUAUAUCCACGGGCCCUGGAGGCAGACAGCUUACAGGGCAUGCGAGGACCCCAGGGGCACAGCUGUUCCAGGCCUGAUAGGAGGCAGCACAUGAGUCUGAAGGAUCCAGAGACAAACACCUGGCAUGGCUGCCGCCCAGAGGUGGGUGUGGCUGGGGAGGGAGACAGGCCAGCAUCGCAGGAGCUGCAGGACACACACCCGGGAUACACCAGGUGGCCAGUCUCCCCAAGCCCAGGGCCCAGGCGCUUUCUUUGUCAAGGCCGGGAUGAGGGGUGCCUUCUGCAGACAACCCAAGCCUACCUUCCAUGGCGGCCUCCGACCAUGGGUCCUGCUGUUGUCCUCCUGUAUGGGCACUGUGCGGAGCCGUGUGGGCUGGUCAGGCCUCUGCCCUCUCUGAGCCUUCUGACUCUGGUUGUGCAAGGAUGGCUCCAGCAAGUGCUGUGUUCCCAUCCACCUUGCCCUGGAGGCUGAGACCAGCACUGGGAGGUGCUUCCUGUACAGAGUGAGGUGGGAGCCUGGGCCUUGGUCUCACACCCACCAGCAGGGCUUCCCGAGUGAGGCAGGCAUGGUGCUUGCUGGGCUGGGUGUGUCCCCUUGGGCUGGCCCUUGCUAGGAGGACCCUGGUCUUUCCCCCAUCCCCAGGUGCUGUCUGCAGGCCAUGCACAGGGCAUCAUUAAACAUCUGCUGGGUGGCUGUG